ACAAUGCUGUCAACAGCUGUUCACACAAAUAAAAUAUUUGCAAUUUGAUGCGCUUAGUAAAAAACUAGCUUCAAUUAUGAAUUUAAUAAGUGGUAUUAAAUUGUACAUUGAAAAGAUGUGCACAGAGUCUGGACCGGGCAUGAAAAUUAUAUUGCUAGACAAGGAGACGACAAGCAUAAUUUCUAUGGCCUUUAGCCAAUCUGAUAUGUUGCAACGCGAGGUCUAUCUCUUCGAACGCUUGGAUUCCGGCCGUUCCAACGAGCGUUUGAAGUAUCUCAAGUGCAUUGUUUUCAUACGCCCCACAAAGCAAAACAUCCAGCUGCUGGCCAAUGAGCUUCGCAAUCCGAAAUAUAGCUCCUAUUUUAUAUACUUCAGCAACAUUAUACCACGCACUGAUAUCAAAUACCUUGCUGAGUGCGAUGAGUCAGAGUCGGUGCGCGAAGUGAAAGAAUUGUAUGCGGAUUAUUUGUGCGUUAAUCCCAAUUUAUUUUCCAUAAACAUGCCGAAUUGCAUGACAAACCUUAACUGGCUGCCAGACGCAUUGACUCGCAGCGUGCAGGGCAUUACGGCCGUGCUGCUAUCGCUAAAACUUAAUCCGGUCAUACGCUAUCGCGCCGGAUCGCAGGUGGCGCAGCUGCUGGCCAAGUUGAUCUACGAUCAAACGACCAAGGAAUCAUCGCUAUUUGAUUUUCGCGGCAAUGUGGAUGGUGCUGCGCCACCUUUGCUCUUGCUGCUGGAUCGUAGGGAUGAUCCAGUAACACCCUUGCUACAUCAGUGGUCGUAUCAGGCCAUGGUGCAUGAGCUACUCAAUAUACGCAACAAUCGAGUCGACUUGUCUGAGCGUCCCAAUGUGCCCAAAGAGUUCAAGGAGCUGGUGCUAUCCGGUGAUCAGGAUGAGUUUUAUGGCAGCAACAUGUAUGCAAACUAUGGUGAAAUUGGCUCCACAAUUAAACAGCUAAUGGAGGAGUUUCAGCGCAAGGCAAACGAUCACAAGAAAGUCGAGAGCAUAGCCGAUAUGAAGAACUUCAUUGAUUCCUAUCCGCAGUUCAAGAAAAUGUCGGGCACCGUGCAAAAGCAUUUGUGCGUCAUGGGUGAGUUGUCCAGCAUAUCCAAUAAGCGUAAUCUGUUCGAAGUAUCCGAACUGGAGCAGGAGAUUGCCUGCAAGGCGGAGCAUUCGGCACAGCUGCAGCGCAUCAAGAAACUGAUAGCCGACGAGCGCGUCAACGUUGAUGAUGCCAUCAAAUUGGUAGCACUGUAUGCAUUGCGCUACGAGCGCCAUGCGAAUUGCGAUACAUCCGGUCUCCUGCAGAUAAUCAAGACACGCGGCGGUAACACACAAAUUGUGCCCGCUUUGAUUGAGUAUGCGGGCAUGCAUGUGCGCCAGGGCGAUUUAUUUAAUAUGGUGCGCAUCACGGAUGCCGUCAAGUUGACAAGGAUUCUGAUCAAGGGCCUCAAGGGUGUGGAGAAUGUGUUCACACAGCACACGCCGCUUCUGAAGGAAACACUGGAUGAUGUCUUCAAAGGCCGCGAGCUGGAACCAGUUUAUCCAGCCAUCAAUUCGGAGCUUGUGCCAUACCGAAGGCCACCACAAGAGGUGGUUGUCUUUAUCAUCGGUGGCGCCACCUACGAGGAAGCCCUCACAGUACAUCAGCUCAAUAAUGCCGGCUAUAGGGUGAUUCUGGGCGGCACCACCAUACACAAUUCCCAGAGUUUCAUUAACGAAGUGCUGGCAGCCACAAGCGGCACCCAAUUCAAACAUACCAAAUCCAUGUUAAAAUAUUGCUCCCCAGAUAACAUAUAAGAGCCAGAGCUUAUUCCUUUUCAAAAAAAAA